GACGUGACCGUUGAAGUAGUCGGAAAAUGGCGUCGUCGAAAAGCCAACGGUGGAUGGUAGACUCGGGCAUUCUGCGUAAAAAGAAUAGCGACGAGGAACCGCAGGAGCUGUUGGUGUUCGGAUAUAGCUGCAAAUUAUUUAGCGAUGAUGACAAGGCGAAAAUGAUUGAUCAGGGAAAGCAUUUGAUACCAUGGAUGGGCGAUAGCACGUUGAGGAUAGACAGGUCCGUUUCUCUAACCUAGACAAAUUUCUCAUCAUAGGAUAUUUGUUCUCAUGCAUAAGACCACGCACCGUUACGUUUCCGCGACGAUGAAACGUAGCGAAAAAAAGCAUAUGACUGACCUCGACCGCAAAAACAAACCGCAAAAGACCACCAAAUUCGAAAACCGAAAACCAAAAAAAAAUAUCGAAAACAAGUACUGCAUUUAGAAGCGAAAAAAAGCGAGGUUCCCCUUCUCAUCGUUAAUCUCUGGAUAAGCAAACUGGAGACUGUUUAAGGCUUCCGCAGGUGUUCUGUUCAGCAGUGUGGCAGCGCGAUUUACGCGCUCUGCACGGGCGCAGAAUCAGGUGCUCUGGUGACGCUUAUGGCUGGCCGUCUGUGCAGCAGCAAGAUACGAUGGACGAGGGAUGCUGGCUGACUUACGGAUUCAUGAGCCACCAUCGGGUGGUUUCGAUCAACGGACGAUACUUACCGAGGAGGAACUGAGAGUAGAGCAGCUCUGUGACGAGGAGCGGUAUCGGUCUCUCUACAACAGUGACGCGGAUGAGUCCAUGUAUCAUGAAGAGGAAAUAAAGAGGUUGCAUCAAGCAUUGGAUUCAGAAUCUUCCUACAACCAAGUGGGGUUUAAUUACAAUGAAGAUGAAAAUGGUCAUAAGGCUUCCGGUGAAGAUUCCCAGAGCCCGAAACAAUCGGAGGGCUCGCAAGAAGAGGAUCAGGCAUUUGUGCCACCGCCUGAACUGGAAAUUCCCGAGGGAAUGAUCGUGCCGGAAACGCAGAAACUGAAUGCCAUUAUAGUGAAAACGGCGCUGUUUAUAAGUCAACACGGAAGCCAAUUGGAAAUCCUGAUAAAGGCGAAACAGGCAAACAAUCCGCAGUUUGCGUUCCUAUCGAUAGACGAGCCGCUUCAUCAGUAUUACAAAUAUGUCCUCGAUGCUAUCAAGAGUGGAAAAUAUAAUCCUGAAAAGCAACCUGAGAAGGAAGAAUCCGAACCUGAGGAAGAAUCUGAUGAAGAUGACGAACCGUACCUGCAUCCAAGUCUCGCAUCGUCACUUACCAAAAUUGAAGCGGCACCUAGCAUACCGAGUAUACAGUAUAAACCGUCAGCGGAUUGCGCGUACUCCAUGCUCGUGAACAAGAUCACAGGGAAACCACCACCAUCCAAGGCACCACAAGUGUUGGAUCCAACGAUGCAGUCAAUGUCCUCUACUGGAUACUAUCACCCAGUACCACCGCAGAAUUAUCCUUAUCCUACGCCCAUGCAGUACUCACAUGGUCCAGUUAUAUAUGGGUCAAAUGGACAAAUGCAAUCGCCCUCACAACUCGUCAUGCCAGCCAUGCCGAAUGACGCGACGACGACGCAAACUGCAUCGUCCAAGGAAACACCCACGCCGUUGGUCCCAUAUGGGAUACCUGCGCAAAAACCACUGAACAGGCCGUCUUUUAUCGUGCCACCAUUGGAAGUUCAGGUUGUCAUUGACAAGAUGGCGAAUUAUGUGGCAAAGAAUGGGCGCGAUUUUGAGACGAUUGUCAAGAACAAGGGAGAUCAUAGAUUCAAUUUUUUGGAGCUAUCGCAUCAGUAUCACGGUUAUUACGCGCACAAACUGACGGUGUAUGAGGGCGGGAUAAAUCCGAAGGUGUUGACAGAGGAACAGCUGUUGCAGAAACAGGAACUGCAAGAGGAGAAACAAAAAAAGUUAGAAGAAUUGCAGAAGAAGCAACAACGGAUGGAAGAGGUACAGAAACGAGUGAAAAUGAUACAGGCGAAAAAGAAGAACGGCGGCGACGCGAAAAUGAAACAAAGCACGGGAUCUACGAAACAGAUUACCACUGUGUCAUUCUCCAUAAAAAAACCAAAAGACGGGGAGAGCACGGUAAUUGAGAAGAGGAAUGCGUUACCAUUGGAAGAAAGUGACGAAGAGAUGGAGAGCGACAAAAAGGAUACUAAUUCCGGUUCGCCUGAAGACAACAUAGCUGAUUCGAAUUUUUCGAUUGCCAUUGGAGACAAAGACCCACCAAAAUCGGAGAAGAAACCAAAGAGCGAUGAUAAAGAGUUGGUGGAUUUAACGGACGAUAUCCUCGAGGAUUGUCAGAAAGAGAUCAGGCAUAAACAGGCGCAAGAAGACAGGAUCAAGGAUAAGCUAGCAGCGGCUGCGCGGGAUAAAUUACUUUCUAGGGAACGCCAGUUGCAACUCGAGAGAAAAAAAAGAGCUGCUAUAUUUCUCAGUCAUAUCCAGACGCCGGCACUUAAAACCGGUUCUGCCAUAGUGAAUCCGAAUUCACGAAAGGACGAUUCAGAUGAGGUGCAUUCCGUGCCAUCACCAUCCCUCGAAGAUAAUAAAGACAGAUCCUCGCAGGAUACAAAGAUGUGUGGUAAUUCUCUGAUGGAUCGAUUAAAGAGCGCUGAUCUGAGUGGCAAAAGGUCACGACAACGCUCCAGAAGUCGGAGUGGAAGUCGCACGGACAGGCAUAAACUGCACAAGAAGCAUAAGAAAAAGAAGAGUUCUCAUCGAAGCAAUUACGACAGUUCAAGUUCCUCCCGCUCGCACAGAUCCAAGAAAAGCAAGAAGUCAUCGUCGCGACAUAGAUCCCGUUCGCGCAGUCCCUCGCACAGACAUCGACACAAUUCACGGCGGGAAAGCAACACGAGCUAUUCGGACUCCAGCUCGCCUUGACGUCUCUUUGCUUGAUUUAAAUAAUGCCAAGAAAAAUGUAUAUAUACACAUAUACUAUUAUAGGUAACACUUAUUGUAAUCCCGUAUUGUUACAGCAACAAAUUUGAUACAACUUUUGUCAUCAAAAAAUACGAAGAAUUUACUCUUUAAUUUUUCAA